CGCUCCACCACACUGAUCAUCUAAUUGCCACAGGAAGAGCAAGAUGCAACACUCGGUGCUGAACCCGGAAUCCCAAGUCGAGAAGGGCGAGAACGCUCGCCUGGCCUCGUUCGUCGGCGCGAUUGCGAUCGCCGACAUGGUCAAGACGACGCUCGGCCCCAAGGGCAUGGACAAGAUUCUGCAGUCCGUGGGCGGCCCCGACAAGUCCAUCUCGGUCACGAACGAUGGCGCGACGAUCCUCAAGAGCGUCUACGUGGACAACGCGGCCGCCAAGGUCUUGGUCGACAUUGCCAAGACGCAGGACGACGAAGUCGGCGAUGGCACCACGAGUGUGGCUGUCCUCUGUGGCGAGCUCCUCCGCGAAGCCGAGAAGAUGAUUGAGCAGCGCAUCCACCCGCAGACGAUCAUCGAAGGCUGGCGCAUUGCCUUGAGCACGGCGCACCAGGCGUUGGAAGCGUCCGCGGCCGACCACUCGGGCAACCCCGAAAAGUUCCGCGAAGACCUCCUCAACAUCGCCCGCACGACGCUCAGCUCCAAGCUCCUUACGGACUCGAAGGAAUACUUUGCCGAGCUUGCCGUGAACGCGGUCCUUCGCUUGAAGGGCUCCAACAACUUGGACCACAUUCAGAUCAUCAAGAAGCAGGGCGGCAGCUUGAAGGACUCGUACCUUGAAGAAGGCUUCAUCCUGAACAAGCACAUUGGUGUCGGCCAGCCCAAGCGCAUUGAGAACGCCAAGAUCCUCAUCGCCAACACGGGCAUGGACACGGACAAGAUCAAGAUCUACGGCGCGCGCGUCAAGGUCGACUCGAUGGACAAGGUCGCGAGCAUCGAAGAGGCCGAGAAGAAGCGCAUGCGCGCCAAGUGCGAGAAGAUCGCCAACUUUGGCAUCAACUGCUUUAUCAACCGCCAGCUCAUCUACAACUACCCGGAGCAGAUCUUUACGGAGAAGGGCAUCAUGGCCAUCGAGCACGCCGACUUUGACGGCAUUGAGCGCUUGGCCGCGGUCACGGGCGGCGAGAUCACGUCGACGUUCGACCACCCGGAGCUCGUCUCGCUCGGCGAGUGCAAGCUCAUUGAGGAAGUCAUGAUUGGCGAAGACCGCGUGAUUCGUUUCUCGGGCGUCAAGACGGGUCUUGCGUGCAGCGUCGUGCUUCGUGGCGCGAGCUCGCACCUCCUCGACGAGGCCGAGCGCUCGCUCCACGACGCGCUCGCGGUCCUUUCGCAGACGGUCAAGCACACGCGCGUUGUCAUGGGCGGCGGCUGCACAGAGGUCCUCAUGGCGCAGGCCAUUGACGAGAAGGCGAUCUCGAUUCCCGGCAAGAAGUCGCUGGCGAUGGAGGCGUUUGCGCGUGCGCUGCGCCAGAUCCCGGCCAUCAUUGCCGACAACGGCGGCUACGACAGCUCGGAGCUCGUGACGCAGCUCCGCGCGGCGCACGUUGCCGGCGACCACCUCGCCGGCCUCGACAUGCGGACCGGCAGCAUUGGCAACAUGGACACACUCGGCAUCCGGGAAGCAUACAAGAGCAAGAUGCAGGUGCUCUUCUCGGCCGCCGAAGCCGCGGAAAUGAUCUUGCGCGUCGAUGACAUUAUCAAGUGCGCGCCGCGCCAGCGCCAGGGCCAGUAAAUGGCCAACGACACUAUUAGGGUAUAUGGUAGGAGUGCUCUCGAUCAAUAUUAACGACAACUCGAGAAGGCAGCGAUACAUUUUGUGACAU